UAUUCAGGGCAGAAAUGUCGGAGGUAUUUGAGCAUCCUCCAGCAUCUGUCUGAUAAUUUUCCUAGCGUGGCGCUCGGGUUGUAACGUGAGCGUCACCUCCUCCUCCUCCUCCUUCUCCUCUCUGACUGAAGUCCCACUGAGCGGCUCUCAAACUUCAGUGUGGAGCCUGAGAGCGGAGGACGAAGAGCCGCCGGAGCCCGUCACCCAGCCCCGCAGCGCCCCGCAGCCCCGCAGCCUUCCGGAGCCGCGCACAGCCGCGUGCAGCCCGGACCGAAGUCUCGGACGGAGCCGCGGCUCUCACCGGGGAGAAACCCCUCCGAAGUUUCCGACUGACACGUUUUCUGCCUCGGACAUUUAUCUCGGGAGUACUGGCUUCAGUCUCGAGGCUGAAUAAUUAAAACACAGCUUUUACUUUUGGCUGUUUUUCUCUUUUCAUUUUUUUUUCCUGGAGCGGCUUUUCAAUUCAGCGACGCGCCUCCGGUAUGGACAUGGGGAAAUAACGGGGAUCGCUCCGCAUCCCAGCCCUCGGUGUGUUUUCCCACUUUCUAUAUUUUUCAUACUCAUUUUUUUCUUCUUCUUCUUUUUGAAAGGCAGACCCGUGCGCGUGCGUUUUUCGUUUUUGGCGGUGAAAUAAUGAGCAUGGACGGUUGUCCGCUGAAGGUGGUGAUCUUCCUGUGGUGCCUGCUGGUGAUUUCUGGCUCCAGCUUCGAGAUCGGCUCCUACGACCUGGAGCGCGGCAGACCGGCCAAGUGCGAGCCCAUCGUGAUCCCCAUGUGCCAGGGCAUCGGCUACAACCUGACCCGCAUGCCCAACUUCAUGGACCACGACGACCAGAAGGAGGCUGCCAUCAAGCUGAACGAGUUCGCCCCCCUGGUGGCUUACGGCUGCGACGUGCACCUCCGCUUCUUCCUCUGCUCCCUCUACGCCCCCAUGUGCACGGACAAGGUGUCCACCUCCAUCCCCGCCUGCAGGCCCAUGUGCGAGCAGGCCCGCGAGCGCUGCGCCCCCAUCAUGAAGAAGUUCAGCUACACCUGGCCCGACUCGCUGGACUGCUCCAGGCUGCCCACCAGGAACGACCCCAACGCCCUGUGCAUGGAGGCGCCCGAGAACGAGACCAGGACGGAGGUGAAGAAGGGGGAGGGCAUGCUCCCGGUGCCCCCUCGCCCCAGGCAGCCGGGCGCCGGCGGCGGGCGUUCGCCGGGCGCCGGCGGCUCCUGCGAGAACCCGGACAAGUUCCAGUUCGUGGAGAAGAGCCAGUCGUGCGCCCCGCGCUGCUCCCACGCCGUGGACGUCUUCUGGUCCAGGCAGGACAAGGACUUCGCCUUCAUCUGGAUGACCGUGUGGUCCAUCCUGUGCUUCGUCUCCACCGCCUUCACCGUGCUGACCUUCCUCCUGGAGCCCCACCGCUUCCAGUACCCCGAGCGGCCCAUCAUCUUCCUGUCCAUGUGCUACAACGUGUACUCCGUGGCCUUCAUCAUCCGCUCGGUGGCCGGAGCCGAGAACAUCGCCUGCGACCGCGAGCACGGCGAGCUGUACAUCAUCCAGGAGGGGCUGGAGUCCACCGGGUGCACCAUCGUCUUCCUCAUCCUCUACUACUUCGGGAUGGCCUCCUCGAUCUGGUGGGUCAUCCUCACCCUCACCUGGUUCUUGGCUGCGGGGAAGAAGUGGGGUCACGAGGCCAUUGAAGCCCACAGCAACUACUUCCACAUGGCCGCCUGGGGCAUCCCCGCGCUCAAAACCAUCAUCAUCCUCACCAUGAGGAAAGUGGCCGGCGACGAGCUGACGGGGCUGUGCUACGUGGGGAGCAUGGACUCGGGGGCGCUCACGGGCUUCGUCCUCAUCCCCCUCUCCUGCUACCUGGUCAUCGGCACCUCCUUCAUCCUCACCGGCUUCGUGGCCCUCUUCCACAUCCGCAAAGUGAUGAAGACCGAGGGCACCAACACGGAGAAGCUGGAGAAGCUCAUGGUGAAAAUCGGCAUCUACUCCAUCCUUUACACGGUGCCCGCCACCUGCGUCAUCGUCUGCUACUUCUACGAGAGGCUCAACAUGGACUACUGGAAGCUGAGGGGCCUGCAGAUGAAGUGCGGCUCGUUCGGCGGCCAGAGCAGCGACUGCUCGCUGCAGACGUCCGUGCCCACCGUGGCCGUCUUCAUGCUGAAGAUCUUCAUGUCGCUGGUGGUGGGCAUCACCAGCGGGGUGUGGGUGUGGAGCUCCAAGACCCUGCAGACCUGGCAGGGCCUGUGCAGCAGGAAGCUGGCGGACAGGACUAGCAGCAGGAAGCCGUGCAGCGGCGUCAGCUGCGGCAGCACGCACUGCCACUACAAAUCCCCGGCCGUGGUUCUGCACAUGGCCAAGACUGACCUGCACUCAGACAACCCCACACACGUCUGAGAGGAAGCACACACACACACACAAACACACACACACAUAUAUAUACAUAGAGAUGUAUGCCCUGUGUGAAGAGGAGCUGCUAAAAGGACUUCAUGAGAAGUGGUUAAAUUGAACUGUCACUUCUCUGCUGCUGCCAAGAGACACACACACACACACACACACACACACACACACACACACACACACACAGGUACUGGCGACACCGUGAGGAACCAUCUAU